UUAAAGGUCGGCCGACACCCCUCCCUCCGCCAUGUAUUUUGAUAGAGUUCUCCCCACCUUUGACCUCAGCGCGUCUAACCCGACCUUAUCAAGCGAUCGCGGGCAAUGCCUGGAACUUAGGAUGGAGACAAAGUCUCCCAGCAACGGGUCCUGCAGCCCCAUCUCAAUGGACUCCGAGUCCAACUGCUCCAGCCCGGACGGCAAACCCGAGCCGGAACCGCGGGUUCGGCGCCCCUUGAACGCCUUCAUCAUUUGGACCAAGGAAGAGCGGAGACGUUUGGCACAGCUGAACCCAGACCUGGAAAACACCGAUCUGAGCAAAAUUCUCGGCCGAACCUGGAAGGGUAUGUCUCUGGUGGAGAAGAGGCCGUACAUGCAGGAGGCAGAGCGGCUGCGGGUCCAGCACACCAUCGACCACCCCAACUACAAAUACCGGCCCCGGCGGAGGAAGCAGGCUAAAAAGGGAAGCAGGGCGGCACCACCUGAAGGUGCCCAGCCAGCCCCCCUGCACUGCGACGGCUUCAUCUCGGGUCCCUGUGACCUGAGCUACCUGAUCCAGACUCAGUACCAUCAGCGGAUGGCCCAGUGUGCACCAAACUACUCCACGGAGGCCCAGCUGCACUACGUCCCCCCGGCGCAGCUCUCCUCCCCUCCCCCGCCUUACCCUUCUGCCCCUGCGCCGCCCCCUUGUGGCGAGCAGGGCGAGUGGCAGUCCUGUGGCUGUCACCUGUGUGCAGGCACCCCAUCUCUGGAGUUUUACCUCGAGCAGGUCCGGGUGGACCUGCUGCAGGAUCUGGACGCCAGCGAAUUUGAACAGUACCUCAGCCCGGCUGCAUGUGGACCGGAACCGAUGGAUGCAAGUUAUUACACCCAGAACAGUCUUCGAGAGUUUGGCCUGUUGUCAUAAUGAAAUCUGAAAUGAUUAAUUCCUUUUUUUUUUACACAUAGUUUUGUUAUU